AUGAGAGCAUUUACCUUAGUUCCCAUAUUUUUCCUUUUAGGUUCGACCUUGUUGUUGAUUCUCACAGUAAUCAAUGGUUCGGGAACCUCAUCUAUACUUGGUAAAUUCUACUGGUCAGAAACUGAUACUUCGGGCAUACCAGGAGCUCAAUUUGGUCGGACUAGAUGGACAUUUUAUCGAAGCUGUGGAGUAAGAAAUGGUCACAAUGCUGAUUGUACCAAAUCCUCGGCUGCUUAUCCUUAUUCUCCGAAGGAUAAUUUCAAUUCUGAACAAGGAUUGCCUGAAUCUUUCAUCAGUUCAAGAAAAACCUAUUACUAUUUGAGUCGUAUUGGUUGGGCAUUUACUCUUGUUGGGUUAUUUUUCACUGUUGUUGCAUUGAUUGUUGUUCCUUUAAACUUUUGUUUUGCAAUUGGUGGAGCCUUGGCGGCAAUUUCAACAUUUUUGGCUUUCUUGUUUGUCAUUACUGCUGCUUGUUUAAUCACUGCUGCUCAUGUCAAGGGAAGAAAUGCUUUCAACAAUGCUGGUCACAGUUCCAAGAUUGGUGCAAAGGCAUUUGGUAUCUUGUGGGCAGCUGUUGCUUGCUUGUUGAUUACAUUUGUUACAACCAUUAUUUCUGCUCUUGGUACGAGAAGAUCAAACAGAAGAAGAAGAUCAGGAUCGGGUGUUGGUGAUGGUGGUGCCUAUGGUGCUAGAGACUCAAAUGUCUACAAUAAGGAGAGUGACGGUGAUUAUGCACAAGCUAAUUAUGAUGAACCUACUACUAGAGGAGGUGUUUCUGGUGUUGGUGUUACUCCAGGAGUUGCCGGAGCUGGUGUUCAUGAUGAACCUAUUUCUGAUGCAUCUAAAUUUAGAUUCUUUAGGGUCAAGAGAGCCAAACCAGAAGAGAUCUAA